UAUCUAGCAAACUAGCAAUGGCACUCAGAGGCAUAAAAGUAAUAGAGAUGGCUGGAUUAGCUCCAGUUCCCUUUGCUGGGCUGCUGCUAGCAGAUUUUGGUGCUUCUGUUAUACGAGUGGACAAACCCAAUGAACUAGUGCCAAUCAAUCUAAUGGGACGAAAGAAACGAUCGAUUUGUAUCGAUGUCAAGAACCCAAAUGGUGUAGGCGUGGUAAAGAAACUAUGCAGGAGUGCCGACAUUCUCCUUGACUCUUACCGACCGGGAAUUAUGGAGAAAUUUGGAAUGGGUCCAGAUAUCCUGUGUUCCAUUAAUCCAAGACUUAUAUAUGCAAGACUGACUGGUUUUGGACAAAAGGGCCCGUUGUCUUCAAGAGCUGGUCAUGAUAUUAACUAUCUUGCUAUAUCUGGGAUUCUAUCAGCAUUAGGCAAAGCAAAUGACAACCCAUUCCCACCAAUCAAUCUUCUUGCUGAUUUUGCUGGGGGUAGUCUGAUGUGCCUUCUUGGGAUAUUAAUGGCUUUAAUGGAGAGAGAGAAAUCAGGAUUUGGUCAAGUGGUGGAUGCUUCCAUGACUCAAGGAGUUGCAUAUUUGAGCACUUUUCUAACAGACGUGAAACGGAUUCAUUUGCCAGUGAGAAAAGAGAAGAGAGGAUACGGUAUGCUUGAUGGAGGUGCACCUUUUUAUACCACAUAUGAGACGUCUGAUGGUGAAUUUAUGGCAGUUGGUGCCAUUGAGCCACAAUUUUAUAGAGCACUGUUAGAUAAACUUGGGUUGGACAACUCACUUUUAGCAGAGCAAAUGGACAUGACGAAAUGGGAAUCAACAAAGGAAAUGAUUGCUAGAGUAUUUUUAACAAAGACAAGAGAAGACUGGACCAAGAUAUUCUCAGAUAUUGAUGCAUGUGUUGAACCUGUUCUAUCAAUGAAAGAAGCACCACAGCAUCCACACAACAGGCACACAAAGACUUUUUCACUUGAUCCAGAAAUUCAAGAAUUCGUUCCAAACCCUGCUCCUGUGUUGUCCAGAACCCCUGCAAGCAUUGGUUCUUUUGACCAACCAGAUAUUGGGCAAAACACAAUGGAAAUACUAAAUGAGCUCCAGUACACAGAAGAAGAAAUUUCUAAAUUAAUCAUAGACGGAGCUGUCAAGCAGAACGAGAUUAAAUCAAAGAUAUAGAUUCAAGAGUGAAUGCAUAUAUUUUUAGAACAGUUUUAGUCAGGCAGGCCCGACUGACUAGGUUAUACAUGUAAAUUUACAUGUACAUGUAUAUACUUGCCUGUUAAUUGUAAUAAUUUAUUAUUUUUAUCAUGGUUGAAUAAUCCAGCAAAUCAAA